AGAGGCAGCGAAGAAAGGGAGGGGAGAUGAGAUGGCGGCCGAGGGGGAGGCGGAGGCGGAGGUGGAGUGGGUGGUAGACAGCAUUGCCGGCUUCCUGCGUAGCCCCGUCUGGUCCACCCCCAUCCUGGAGUUCGUGGAGCAGAAGUGCGAGGUUUUUGAUGAUGAGGAAGAAAGCAAGCUGUCUUACACUGAGAUUCAUCAGGAAUAUAAAGCUUUGGUUGAAAAGUUGUUAGAUGGUUACCUUAAAGAAGUUGGAAUUAAUGAAGACAAAUUCCAGGAAGCUUGCAUGUCUCCACUUGCCAAGACUCGUACCUCACAGGCUAUAUUGCAGCCAGUGCUGGCAGCAGAAGAUUUCAGAUUGUUUAAAGAGAUGAUGGUCCAGAAAAAUAUCGAAAUGCAGUUGCAAGCCAUUAGAAUAAUUCAGGAAAGAAAUGGUGUAUUACCUGACUGUUUGACAGAUGGAUCUGAUGCAUAUACUGAAAUUGAAGAAGAAGAAAUGAAAAUACUAAGGGAGGUUCUUAGGAAGUCUAAGGAAGAAUAUGAUUUAGAGCAAGAAAGGAAAAGAACUAAAGAGUCACAUGAUAAGUUGAGAUCCGAUGGUGCCCACAAAUCUCCAGGACAUCUGCCUGCAAGAGCAGAAACUAAGGAGUCUGUUGACCACACCACAAAACUAUCAUCAGGUCCAGAGGCAAAACACAAAGAUUUAACUACCCAGGAAUUGCCCUCUGCCAAACUGAAGGAAGAUAGUUGCAAGAAAGGCAUUCGGAAUGGCUCAGAAUGUGUAACAAAACAAGUGGGGAUUGAAGGAUGUAAAUUAACAGAACUUGGAGCACAAGAACUCAGGGAGCGUGAGGACUAUCUAAAGCAAAAGCGAGAUGCAUUGAUGGCCUUGAAGAAGGAGUCAAAAGCCAAUCUGCCACCACCGACUACAGAGCAAAAGGAAGAGCUGUUACCUUCUAAAGAGGGCAUGACAGAAGAAGAAGAGCAAAGGUUGUUAAAGAAGAGAAUGCUGGCAGCAAAACUAAAAGAGGAAGUUAUCAAUAAGAGAUAGUUUAGAGGAGCUGCUUCUAAGAACAGCUGGGGACAAAAAUUAUCUUUAGAAUAUAUUUAACCAUGAACUGAAUUAUUUGUUUACAAGCAUAUAUUCAUUAACUUGAUUUUAUAUAAAUUUAUAUAGUAAUUUUAUGUAGGUUUGAUUGCUCCAAAGCAUUAAUCACUCAGUAGUUCAGUUUCUUAUGAUUUUAAUAUAUACUACCAAAUGUGAACACUGUGGUACCUUUGUUGGGAUGAACAUGAUUUUUUUUUAGUGCUUAUGUCAGGACUAUUCCUUUAUUACAGCUGAACAUUAAACCA